AUGGUGAUUCCAGUAGACGCACCCUUCUCUGGACCGCGAUUCGAAGCCUUUGCAAAUCUUGCGAAGGGAGCUAACGCGCACGGGUCCCUGAUUGUUGGGCAAGUUUCGCAUGCCGGUCGCCAGGUGGAAGAGUCGAUUCAACCACAUCCCAUCAGUGCCAGCGACGAUCAAUUACACAUGCCGUCAUUGCGGCGCAAAUUUGGGAAGCCUCGGGCAGCCACAAGAGAGGACAUCAAUGGCGUGAUUGAGGGAUUCGCACACGCUGCAGAAUUUCUGGAGAACGCUGGCUUUGAUGGCAUCCAGCUUCAUGCUGCACACGGAUAUCUAUUGGCGCAAUUUCUCAGCCGCAGCACGAAUCACCGAGACGACGAGUACGGCGGCAGCCUAGAGAAUCGGAUGCGUCUGAUUUUUGAAAUUGCAGCGGCAGUGCGAAAGAGAGUUAGUGAAACUUUCGUAAUUGGCAUCAAGAUCAACGCAAUCGAACUGCAGGAGGAUGGAUUCAAUCCAGAAGAAGCCACAGUAUUUUGUCAGAGGCUGGAAGAAGCCAAGUUUGAUUAUGUUGAGUUGAGCGGCGGCAACUACGAGAAGCUUGCUUGGAUGCACGUCAAGGAAUCGACGAAGAAAAGAGAAAACUUUUACAUCGAGGCCGCCGAGGAGAUAGUCAAGCCCCUUAAGUCUAUCAAAGUAUACACAACAGGUGGCUUCAAGACUCUCGAUGGCAUGCUUGACGCUUUGAAUGUUGUGGACGGCGUUGGGAUCGGGAAGGCUGCAUGCCAGGAGCCUCGUCUCCCUAGGGCUCUCCAAUCCGGAAAAGCUAGCGGGAUUUUGAAGUACGCGUACUCCGAAGAGGAUUAUCUCAAACGAUUGUUUGCAUCAGGAUCUCAAAUCAGGCAAAUCGCGAAGAAUGAGGAGCCGGUGGAUCUGACCGUUCCCGAGAAUGCAGAAGCAGUCUGGGAAGCUAUCAUGGGGCAAUGGCAGCGUAUUGCCGAGGAUCAAGAACGGUGGACAUAUGGAAGUCCUGACCUGACGCUGCCCGCACAGCCUUAUGCUGAGCCAUCCAUUUGA